AUGCCCGAAGUGCCGAUAGAACAGAUCUGUUCGAUAUCCAAUUCUUUCCAGGCCACUCGCAAGGAACCUCUAGUUCUCGUUCCCUGUUUGGUCGCCCACGAGCCCCAGCUCAUUGAACCACUGGAAAUAGAAAGCACCUCGCAUGCCCCUAUUACGCUUCAGUCUCUACCCAUGGAGAUUCUCCUGCAUAUUUUUUCGUUUUUUGAACUCAAGCCCUAUAUAAUUUCCCAUGGCGUCUGUAAAGACUGGCAGCGUCUCCUACCAUUGAUCGAACUUCAUCCCAUUCGUGGUCGCAUGCUAAAGCUUUACCGAAAGAUUAUAUCCACACCCAAUUUCGAAAAGACGCGUCCUUGGACGCUGGAUAACAUGCAACCGUUUGAUAGGCAGACUUAUAUUGAUGGACUCCUCACACAGUACCCCGUCAUUCCUGCAGAAUUCCGAAUGUGGAUUCUCGAAUGGCCUAACUGCUUAGCCAUUGCGUGCACAUGGCCCUCCCUUCCUGUUCUUCGUUAUAGAUGGCAUGCCAAUCAACGAAGACCCGGCGUCAAUUGGUUGGGAUACGUUCCUACCAACCCUCACCUGUCUGCAGUAGUUUAUAGAAGUGGCACCCCGGAUGUGAAGGUUAUUCCUGCUCUCUUAAUAUGGAGAGAAAACUCCAUCACUGAUUGGCUGAUAUUUGACCAAGACGAACCCGACCUUUUUGGUAGGAUAUAUGCCACCGAUUUCAUGGAACGCGAAAGCUCAGCAGUGAUACCAUAUCCUGGGCAAGAUCCAUGGUAUACCAAUGAGCCGUAUCCAGAUUGGAUUGCCUACAUGGAGUAUCUUUGGGAAUGUACUGUCAGCGCAUUGGAAAUAAACCCAACAUACGAGCUUCCUGACCGACCACCAAUUCUACCAGUCGUGGUUUGCUACAAUAUGGCAUGGGAUACCACACUUCCUACCUUUCCAUGGGCUCAACGUGAUGAUGUCUUGAGACUAGCACGCGGUUGGCAAGGUCAUUAA